UUUUUUUUUUUUUUAUUUUCUUCAAACAAGCGAGAGAAGAUACUAGAGAAAAGAAACACAAUGCCUAAGCGCUCUUGGUAUAAUUAUAUCGUCGGUGACAUUUAUGUGACCGACGAUGAUCCCAGGAAGUAUUCAGAAAGACGCAAAAACAUUAUUAUUCUGCUGGUGGCAUUAAGUGGCGUUGCAGGUCCUAUGAGCUCCAUGAUGUAUAUGCCGGGUCUCUUGGCUGUUACGCAAGAUUUGAAUACAACCAUAUCAGCAGUCAAUGGAACUAUUUCUGCCUAUGUUGUCUUUAUGGGCAUAUCGCCCUUGUUUUGGGCGGCCUUGAGUGAUACCUGGGGUAGAAAACGUAUGUAUUUACUCAGUGGUUUGAUCACUGUGAUCAGUUCCGUCAUCAGCGCUUUGUCUAGCCAUAUCGGCAUGUUGGUCGUGUUUCGUGCAUUGCAAUCCUUUGGUGCCAAUGCUGGUUUAACUCUAGGUGCCGGUGUCAUUGCGGACACCAUACCUGUAGAAGAAAGAGGAAAAGCCUACGGUAUAUUCUACUCUGGUCCUUUACUUGGUCCUGUCAUAGGUCCUACCAUUGGAGGUUUCUUAUGUCAAUAUCUUGGUUGGAGAUCUACCUUUUAUUUUACAGCCAUUCUAUGCGGUAUUUUACUCGUCUUUACAGCUUUCUUUUUACCAGAAACGCUGAGAAAGCAGAAACCAUCCACAACGGUCACUGACACAAAAUGCCACGAUAAAAAGAUAAACGAGCUCGUGCUCAACAACAACAACAACAACAACACGCAUAAUAACAAAGACGAGGAUGAUGCGAGUGUCUAUGCGGCCGAUACACCAACUCAAGUCAUCAACGAGAGUCCUCUUUCCCAGCCGCAGCAGCAGCAUGCUUCUUCUUCUUCUUCUUUUCUAAAUGCGUUACAGGACAGUUUUGGACCCAUGUGGAUUAUGUUGUAUGAUCCAAAUCAAAUCCUACUUAUGUUGUUUACCAGUAUCAUCUUUGCCAGUUUGUAUAUCAUGAAUCCUACCAUUACACAAACAUUCAAAAACAUUUACGGUUAUACAGAAUGGCAAACAGGACUUUGUUAUUUGUCUUUGGGUGCCGGAUUCAUGAUUGGUUCUAUUGUGAGUGGUAGACACUCGGAUUAUUUGCUUCUCAAACUAUCCAAAAAAGCAUCCAAGCAGCAAGAACCCUACGGGGAUCAACCAAAAAUCUGCCCAGAGAUGAGAUUACAAGCGGCUGUGCCCUCCUUCUUCCUCAUGCCUGCAGGUUAUCUUAUUUAUGGAUGGUGUACAGAAAAGAAAGUGGGUGUCUAUGCCCCUCUCAUAGGACUUUUCAUUUAUUCUAUGGGUCAAAUGUGGGCUUUUACACCAGUCUCUGUCUAUCUUGUGGAUACAAAACCAGGCUACUCAGCUACGGCCGUAGGUAUCAACAGUUGCAUCCGCUGUAUCUUUGCCGCCGUGACGACGGUCUUUUCCAGUCAAGCCGUUGAUGCUCUCGGCACCGGCAUUAUCUUUACCAUCUUGGCUGCUAUAGGUGUUUUGAAUGGCGGUUUCGUAUUAGCCUGUUAUAUUUGGGGAACGAAAUGGAGAAGAGCUUUUGAGAAAAAGCACAUGCCAGCCUUGUAUAUGCUCAACAGUACAGAUCUCGAUCUAAAGGAAGAUCCGUCUUUAUCCAAUCAUAAUCUCGCAUCAGCAGCACUUGAUUUACAGCAGUUGGAACGAGUUCAUACCCACCACAGCGCUAGCAUUAUUUGAAGAUAACAUGGAGAAAUAAACAUAUACCCAAAAACAAAAAACAAAAAAAGGGAAAAGGGCGACCCCGUUUGCUUGGAUAGGAAAGGGUGGUGGUAGUUCAAGCAUCUUGCAAUUUUUAUUUUUUUAUCUUUUAUCAGCGCACCCACCACCCUUCACAGUAAAUACAGUUGUUUCGUUUCAAGGGUUUCCCCCAAUGUGCACCACUCAACCAACCGCUAUCGUCCUUUUUUCAACAUAGCAGUAUUUCUUUCUAUCAGAAAAUAGAAUGAAACUAUAACAAUAACAUGAAUAAGAAAGAGAAUGAUCCUGUCUUUUUUUAAAUAGAAUCAUCACCCACCCCCCCCGUCUCUAUUGACAGCAAAAAGGUAUAGAAUUCCCCCCUCACCUUUUAAUAUAAUAAAUGGAAAAAUAGCAAAAACAAAAU